AUGGCUAUGGUAUGCCUGACAGACUUUGAGGAGUAUGCUAAGGAGCAUCUCUCAAAGGCCACGUGGGAUUAUUAUGCAGCCGGAGCAGACGAAUGCUGCACCAGGGACGACAAUUUACUGGCUUACAAAAGGAUCCGUCUCAGGCCUCGAAUCCUGCGGGAUGUGUCAGUGAGUGACACCCGGACCACAGUGCAGGGCACAGAAAUCAGCUUUCCAGUUGGUAUCGCGCCCACUGCCUUUCAUUGCCUGGCCUGGCAUGAAGGAGAGGUGGCCACUGCUCGGGCCACGGAGGCACUCAACACGUGCUACAUCACCAGCACGUACUCCACCUGCUCAGUGGAGGAGAUAGUGGCAGCAGCACCGAACGGUUACCGCUGGUUCCAGCUCUAUGUGUACCGGGACCGGAAGCUGUCGGAGCAGAUCGUGCACCGCGUGGAGGGGCUCGGCUACAAGGCCCUGGUCCUCACCGUCGAUGUCCCCUACACCGGAAAGCGCCGCAACGACAUCCGCAACCAGUUCAAGCUGCCGCCGCACCUCAAAGAGGCAGCAGUCCCAGAGGAGUACGGGAUCCCAGCCAACACCUUGGACCCCUCCAUCAGCUGGAAGGACGUUUACUGGCUGCAGUCCAUCACCCGUCUGCCUAUUAUCAUCAAGGGGAUCCUGACCAAGGAGGACGCUGAGUUGGCCGUGGAGCACGGCGUCCAGGGCAUCAUCGUGUCAAACCAUGGGGGGAGACAGCUGGACGGCGGCCCGGCCUCGAUUGACGCGCUGUCAGAGAUCGUGGACACGGUGCAGGGCAGGAUCGAGGUCUAUCUGGACGGAGGAAUCAGGACAGGAAGUGAUGUAUUGAAAUCGCUGGCCUUGGGAGCCAAGUGUGUUUUCAUUGGACGUCCAGCAGUGUGGGGCCUUGCAUACAAGGGUGAGGAAGGAGUGAGGGAAGUACUGCAAAUCUUAAAUGAUGAGUUCCGUCUGUCCAUGGCUUUAUCAGGCUGCAGGAACGUGGCAGAAAUCAACAGGAACCUCAUUCAGUUCUCUAAACUCUAA